AUGGCCGCGAUGGGAGAACUGCUGCCGACGCUCUCGCCUCUCGCGAGCCAGCAGCAGUCCUACGACGUCGCCGCAGACAUGGACUCCUUCCUCAACCUCGAGCCGGCCAUGUAUCCCUCGCCCUCCGUCUCGCCUGCCAGUUCAGACAGCAAGACUGCCAGCAAGCAUGGCUUCGUCCAGCACCAGCAGCAACAACCUCAGCAGCAACAGCACCAGCACCAGCAGCAAUCACCUCAGCAGCCGCAGUAUACCGCCCCAAGUCAUCAGUACACCCACUACACACAACAGACUGGUCUACCUCCAGGUGGUCUCGCCAACACCAUGGCCCUAAACAACUAUGGCUUCGACCCCAUGGGCAUGGUGCAUCCUGUUGACGGCGUCUACGGCCGAAUGGGGCAGCCGAUGCAUUCGUUAUCUGCCCUGCCACUGAAGGAUUCGACUGAAAUGGACCUCGAUGAGAACCUUGCCGACUCCGAAGCCUACAUUAUGCCCGCUCAGGCUACCAAGACUCAGUUUGUCGACCCCAGUGCACUCGGUGCGCAGGAGAUGCCUGUUACUGGCACUCCAAACCAGGCUAGGCGUGUCUAUCCUGGUAUCCAUCAGCAACAGGCCGCCAGAGCCAAGGCUGCCCUUCAGCAGAGACAAGAGAUGCUCCAACGUCAGCAGCAGCAGCAGCAGCAGCAACAACAGCAACAGCAACAGCAACAUCAGUCACCACAACAGAGACAGACUCCUGAGGUUAGUCAGAGUCGGCCUCAGACUAAAUUCAACCGCAACACAGACCCUCUCGUGCAGGAGAGGAUAUCCCGUCUACUCCAGCAAAUGAGACAGAAUAGUGUCAGCAGCCAGGAAGAGACUGAACAGACCAACGCCCUUCCUCAACCUACCAAGUACAAGAAGGACGAGCAAGAUAUGGAUGAAGAUGAGCGAUUACUUGCCAGUGAAGAGGGGAAGAAACUCAGCAGCAAGGAACGACGACAACUCCGUAACAAAGUCUCUGCCCGAGCUUUCCGAUCAAGACGAAAAGAGUACAUUGGCCAGCUUGAAGGCGAGGUUGCUGCCAAGACUAACGAGGCGAACGAGCUCCGCCAGAAGAACAAUGCCCUCGCUCUUGAGAACGCUAGACUCACCGAUUUCACUCGCAUGCUUCUCUCCUCCUCUCACUUUGCGCCUUUUCUCAACGAACUAAGCGCCAAUGGUCUUCCACCAAACCUAGGUGCUCAGCCCCAGCCUCAGGCCCAAACUCAGACCACUCCAGCACCCCAACUUCCAAGUCAGCCCACCGUAACCAAGGAAGACGGCAUCGAACAGCCCCACCAAGAGGUAUCAGUACCAAACUUGCAGACCGGCCUUCCAGUUGUCCCCGAACAGACCUUCGACUUUGCUUCUAUUGACCUCAAUGACCAAGGCUGGAACUCGGGUAUUGACUUCAACUUCACCAACCCAUCCGUCUUUGCCGUUGUUGAUGUUCCUGUCGGGCCGUCUCUAGACAUGGAGGCAAUCACCGGCAAAAGCUCCAAUUCUGUCGGCCCUCUUCCCUCUGAUGAAACCAAAGAUGUCGUUCCUUCUAUCGAUGCUAGAUCUUAUGGCAUCGAGAAUCUGGACGCUACUAAGAUAGAAGCCUCCGUCCCCGUCGCUGCUGCUGACCUCGACAUUGACGAGAGUGACCCUUGCUUUGCCCUCUACCUUGACCAGCCAUGCACUCCACCCGCUUCCAAGCAAACCUCCGACAAGGUAUUCACCGGCGUGAAACUCGACGACAUUUCUUCCCACAUUGACCUUGUUGUCGAAGGCUCAACAAAUAGCACGUCCGAUAAAGUCAGCACUGCCGCAAAACGUGACUUGGAAAGAUUCUGCUCUAAGAUGGAAGUUUCCUUCCGUUAUAUCUCCCAAGUUACCUCUCACUUCGAGUAA